ACCUGUUACUAGUAACACAUUUUUGACACGAAAUUUGUACGUACAUAUUUUAUGUACAAAUUUAUCUACUACUUCCAAAUAUCAAUUAACAUUCCUUUUAUUCUUGAUUGAUUACCAUGCGGCCGUAUGCUGACUUUGCCUGAUAAGGUUAUAAAAGCCAGACCCAAUCGGCGCGAAUUUAAAGUAUGCCGUUAAAGCCAGAUUAUCCAGCCGGCGUAAUGGAAGAAGUUAUGGAGCUGAUGCUAAAAUAUGCCCGUCAAAACAUGACAUACAAGGAAAUAUCCUUGCUAUUAGCCAAGGAGACAAAUUUACAACUCGGUCCUGAUGCAAUUAGAAAAAGACUCCGACGUACAGGAACGCAAAGUCGAAAGGGAAACACUGCUCACACUGUUAUUGAAGUGAAGAACAUUAUUCAAGCUUUGUUACCUGAUUUGCCAAGCACUAUCGGUUACAGGCAAAUGACCUGCAUAUUACGACAAAAACAAGUAAACAUCCCAAGGGAUACAGUCAUGAAGAUAAUGAGAGAACUUGAUCCCAUUGGGGUGGAUAUUCGAAGAAGGCGUCGUAUAAAUCGAAGAAUAUACCGAACAAUGGGUCCGAAUCAUGUGUGGCACGUGGACGGGUAUGUUUAUCCUAUUGAUAUGCAUGCUGAAUGA